AUGGCGAAUCUUUUAUAAAAAUUUUGUUUACUAAUUUUCUUUUCACUUUUCAGAAAAUUAAUAAAAUUUGAAUUAGCAAUAAGAAUUACAUAAGGUAAAUCAAAUUUUCAAACAAUUUAUAGAAAUUUUAAGAAUCUUUGUAACAAAUAUUAAAUAAGUUUAUUUGUAAGGUCUUAAGAAAAAUAUAAAAAAGUAAUGUAUAAAAUAAGAGUAAAAUAUUAAAGAACUAUUGUAAAAUAAUUAAUAAGAUACAAUUAUCCAAUUUUUUUGUUUAUUUGAUUUUCAUUUAUUUUAAACAGGAAUGAUUUCUCAAAAUUAACUUUUAGAUUUGAUUGCUUUUGAAUUAAUUAGAAAAAAAGCAUAAUAAGAUUAAUAAGAAAGUAGUUCUGAUGAUGAGGAAGCAGAGAAAGCUUACUUUGAAAAAUCAAGAGAAUAAACGAAAUAGUAAAUAGAAGGAACUUAUAAUGUUGAAGAAGAAAAAUAAAAGUUGGAGAAACAAUUGCUAAUUAUAAUUUACCAGAUGUAAUUAAAUAGCCAGAAAUUGAUGUGGAUUAAUAUGGAUUUAAUUAAGGUGUAAUUGAAAAAGAAGAAGAAGUUUUAAAUUAAGAACUUUAAAAUUGAAAUAAACAAUUCCAAAAAAAGAAAUAAGACUAACUACAGAAAUUAAAAAAGAGAAAAUUACAAAUAGAAUUAGUUAAAAAAGUUAAUACUAAUGAAUAUAUAUUUUCUUUAAAAUAAAUAAAAAAAACAAUAAAUAGUUUUAUUUUUUACAUUAUUAGAUUGGUAUAAAUAGAGUAAAUGA